AUGCUGGGAUCUUCAGCGGCCCUAGUACGAGCAUUAGAGGCUACAUUCUCAGAGAAGGAAAACUCAAGAAUACCCCUUGAUGAUCAUCUUUCAACUACAAUAAACGAAUAUUUAGCUAAACACAACAACCUCACCACAAUAAAGCAAACUAGCAACAACAUACACGAAAAGCUUUAUCGACUCUAUAACGGGUGUAUCAAACCCUCGCGCAAAUUGGAACAGGAAAACACAUUUCUUGACGUAUUGAUUAGACUUUGUGAUGUGUUUAGUGAAGCGGAAGUUAGCUUGUGGGUUAUGACCUAUUUGAAAUCAGCAAUUGACAGUGCCGGAUAUGACUCGAAAUUUGCGGCUAAAUCUACAAAGCUUAUUGAAAAAGUGUUGACCAAUUAUACGAUAACUGAAUGUGAUCGUCUCAAUGAAGUGCAUGAGAGAUGUGCCAGCUCACUAGCGCAGCUCCUACUAGAUAUCUACUUGAACGAAGAUACGUUAGCAACUAAACUAAGGUUGGACGUCACAGAGACCACAAAACAGGGUCAAGCUUAUCACGAGAGAAUACGAUUUAUUCGAUACAAUUGUACAAACUUACUUUUAGAGUAUGGAAUGAAGCACACAACUCAAUAUUGCAAUCUUUUGAACCAAUAUAUGCAGAAACCCAACUAUCGUUUUGAGGUCAUUGUACUGCUAGGUUACUUGAUAAAUGCAGAUUUCAAAAAUGCGUCUGCCAUAGUUGAAGGUGAUUUAUUUCAAAGUUUGCUACGAUGUCUUCUUUUCGAUUUAGACCCCACUUUGGUUCAUUGCGCGUUGAAUGAUUUACUCAUGCUAAUCCCCAAAACUACUGCCAAAAUGGGGAAAUAUUUGUCGGAUAUUUUGUUGGUGUAUUUACGAUUGACAGAUUGGACUUUCCCAAAUGAGGCUGAAGCAAAGGAUAAAAUUGGUUUCGCAAAUCCAUUGCAUUUACAUUCAGGCUCUUGGGAAGUUGCAUUGAACCAAUACUCUGAAGAAACGGCUGAAACGCGGCUCAAUUACCAGUAUUUGUGCACCUUGAUAUAUGGAUUGUAUUAUUUCAAUUUUGCCUUCUUUCUAUGUGAUCCGAAGGAGUAUCUUUCCAACCAUUUACUGUCAAUCAUAUCAUUCGACUCACUUGAACAAUGGCUGUUGGAACAGAUUAGUGAGACCAAAUCCUUCAAGAAUGCCAUCUCAAUCACAAAGCAACUUUUAGGGUCAUUUCUUGUACAUCCGAAGUACUGGAAGAAAAUCGACUUGCAAGCAGAAUUGAGUAGCCCAGCCAGCUGGAUAUCUAAUGAAGCUAACCCAGAUGAUAUUGCCGUUGCGUGCUUCAGCUUGAACCCGAAUGUCUUUAUCGGGAAUGGCGAGACAGCUGAUUCUUCUUCUUUGCGCGAAUCCCAGGUUCCUUUUAAUGGUGUAGAUACCAUAUCAAGAUCAUCAUCAUCGGCUGGUCCAAUGUAUUUUCAAGUCAAUAAUCCCACCAAAGUUCAUUUGAGAUCUCGGUUGCUACAACAGAGAAAGAUGUCUAUUGUUCCGACUAACCUAGUUAUUGAGGAGAGCAAUCACGAGGAGAAUGAGGAUAGAUUCAAGUUUGCUGAUGACCACGAUCAGUCAAUUUCCGAUGGGUCCAGCAUGACCAGCCCAUCUUCAUCCAAACAAUAUCGUACCGAAAUUGUAUCGCAUUUGCUUCAUGACCAUGAAAGACUUUUCGCCACAGGUAAGCAUAACAGAUUGUACAAUCAAGGAAACUCAUUGUCCAGAACAAACUCUCUUGAUCCCAUCACUACAAUGACUGCGGACGAAACUAGUGACAAAUCAAAGCCGGAAAUGAAACUAGGUCGUCCAAUGUCGUCGCCUACGACAAAUUCGGAAGCAUCCAAUAUCUUUAAGGAUAACAGUACCACUACAACCACCACUAGUGCAUCUAUGGGAACAAAUGGAGACACCAGUACAUUGAAUAGCUCGGGAAAUGUUGCUUCUCAUUCAAGCUUGAAUGAAUUGAAUGGAAAUGGAACAAUAAUUGAUUUUUAUCAACGGGAGUUGUUACUUUUCAAAAAUGAAUUGGAACUUUCGAGUUACAUGAAACAUUUGAAUAAGCACCAUUAUUUAAGUGUGAAAAAUGAGUCACUUAAAGAUUGUGAAUUGCCUAUAGACUCUACGCGACGUGAUGAAGAAGGCAAGUUUGCCAAAGUUAUUGAAGAUGUCAAGAGCGAGUGGGCUGAAAAACAACGACAAUUUGAUCGCCAAUAUGAUUUGUUGACAACCAAGAUCAAGGAGCUAGAGGAUGAGCGAGACAAACUUUGUGCGCAAUUAUCGGAACUACAGCUUUCAGCGGAAACUAAAGCCAGGGAAUGCACUGAAUUGGUACAGAGUGUACUUCCAAAUAAGGAUUACGAAAUUGAACAGUUGAAACUAAAGCUAAAGGCUAUGGAGCUAUCAAAGCAUGAGCUGGAAAAUACGAUUUCUCAAGAUCAAGCUUAUAACAUAUCACUAGAUGCUAAGGAAGAACUGCUGGCAACCCAGAAAGCAUUGGAGGAUCAAAUUUACAAUUACAAGAUGGAACAUCAAGUAUUGAUUCAACAAAUUGCACAAUUGGAACACGAAAAUAGAGUUGCGCAGACACGUUACAAUACUAUGGUGACUCAAUACGAAACGAAAUUGGAAAAGACCAAGCUAUCACUCUCGGACACCUUGAGCUCGUUUUCUGCACCGUUUGAAAAAAGAAUCUCUGAAUUACAAGCAGUGAUUUACAAGUAUCAAACUUUACUAGAGGAUCGAACACGUAACAGUGUUGCCACCUCGUCGUUGAAUGGAGCUGGCACUGUGCCCAUUCCCAUUGUACGACAAAACAGUUCUAGUAGCUCGGGUAAUUACUCGUAUGGGCAUGAAGACAGUCAUGGUAACAAUACUGUACCUACACGCCCAGUGGCACCCAUACAACACAUGUUUAGAAAUGGAAGCAAUAACAGUAGUGGUGGUAAAACUGGCAAUGGAAUUACCACUGGUGAAGGCGACAGUUUGCCAUUUAUGAGAGGUCGCGGUGGUUUGCAGAAGAGAACAAGAAAAUUUAUGUAA